AUGGAAGGUGAGGAACUGCCACCUCGCAAGGUUUCGAGUUCCCUCAGGCACCCUUAUCAACUAGGCCGUGAUGAUGCUAACUGUGACUUCUAUCUACUCAUGGCUACUUGGAUUGCCACUGUCUGGAUCGAGAAAACGCUCUCCAUUGACCCUAAGUUCAAGGAUCUCUUCGAAAAUUUCUUGAAAGCUGCUUUCGAACGCGUAGAUUUCAGAUCAAAGGCUGAAGAAGUGCUUAUGGAGGUGAACUCAUGGGUUCAAGAACGCACCAAUGAUCUCAUCAAGUACCUUCUUCCUCCUGAUUCCGUUACUAACGAAACAGAACGUGUUUAUGCGAACGCAUUCUGCUUUGCUUACGAUGGUUUCAAGGUUGCUAGACUCCCUUUCCAACGAGGAGGCCGUGGUGAUACCACUCGCACGACGUUCGCUAUGUAUUUCUAUCUACCCCGCAAGAAAGAAGGGUUUAAUAAUCUUGUGGAGAGGAUAACAACCACUCCUGGAUUCUUGGAUGCUCACAUUCCGAGUGGUGAAGUUAAAGUUGGGAGUCUUGGGACAUUCAGAAUCCCAAAGUUUGAGAUGUCGUUCGGGUUCUUGGUUUCAGAGGUUUUCAAUCAGCUGGGACUGCAGUCAACGUCAGUGCACCAUAAAUCUUGUAUUAAGAUCGAUGAAUCAGGCGUUGAAGCUGCGGUUGUCACUGCUGCUGAGGAAGCUUGUGACGACUAUCUUGGUAUGGAAUUUCCGAAGAGGAUAGAUUUUGUGGCUAAUAAACCAUUUCUUUUCUUGAUUAGAGAAGACACAACUGGAACUGUUUUGUUUGUUGGUCAAAUCUUUGAUCCCUCCCAAUCCUCAUAG